AGGCCUUUCAUUUUCAGUCAACAUAGGUGGACGCAUAUGUCGGACGGGUAGCGACAUUUUUUGGAUGGAAUUCAAACACACUAUUAAACACACUAUUUAAUCAUGGAAAUGCGCGAUCGACUCCACCGCCUAACAAACCACUCAAGCAUCACAUCACACGCCACCGUUAGCAAUAGUGUAGCCAAGUUUGCGAUCCUGAAUCUGGAUAGAAGCGAUGGCUUAGAGAACUCGGUGACCAAGAUCCUAGUGACAAUCGAGGAGAUGUUCUGCAGCUUCUUUGAGGAACACCAGAAAGAGCUGGAACUGCAGCGGAUGGCGGCUAAGACUUUGAACCAGCUGACCCAGCGUUACAGGAUCAACACGCAGGUGGACCUGAGCUGCACGUGUCCGCAGAUCUAUGAGAUCGAAUCGGAUGAUGCGAUAAUCAACAAAUACUACAUCUACUACCAGGUGAUAGCCUGCUCCAACAAGAACCAGAGCUGGGCCAUCCACAACAUGCGCCCCUAUGUGCUACUCUUCCGCCGAGAGUGCGCCAAAUUGGACAUGAGCUCGGAUAGUCCCUUCAUCAUGGGCAACACCUUCCACAAGCCCAUUAAGUUCUUUAUGGAGUUGGUGGAGGAGCUGUUCGCCUACUUCUACAGUGGUCACGUGCAGUUCGACUGCGCUGCCCAAAUGUUGGAUCCCUUGGAUCUGAACAGCAUCGAGCACUACCAAAAGCUAUUGGCACCCAAUGAGGACUUUGCGAACUACUUCAAAUACAACAUGAGCUACUGCAAGUGCCUGCGCAUGCCGGCCAGGUGUCCAGCUUACGAGUAUCCGCAGGUCACAGAAGAUCACACCUUGCCCUUCAUCAUACAGGCCAAGAAGAAGCGUUGUGCCAGGCGGCGCGAGAAGAUGGCCGAGCCCGAAACCAAUUUAUUAGAUCGAAAGAAGUCCAUGGUUAGACUGCAACGACCCAGCGAGACGUCGGCCUUGGAAACUGGUCAGGCAACGGACUGGGACAAUCGGGACAAUCGGGAAAGCACCGGCAGGGAACUGAAGAGGUCCAUCUCUGUACACCAACGUCGCAGUCAGAAGUCUAUCAUAAGUAUUACCAAGGAAGUUUACCAGGAUCCGUUUUCUAACAACCGCCAUGAACUAACUCUUAAGGAUUCCGUACUCAGAUGGUCGGUGAACCCACAAAUUCUCAAUUCCGGUGUAUCAUAAGUUUUCAAAUUUUGCAACGAGUUGUUACAUUUAUUUAAUAAAAGGAGUAAUCUAUUUUAGUAAA